AUGCACGUGACUCUUCGCCAUGAAACUCCUGGGCCACUCCGCGUGAGCCACCCUGCCCAACGGACACUUCAACCGCCGUCCGGAUACGGUUUCCAACAUAAGGUGCAUGUACACCAAAACAAGAUUGUGUCCAUGUUAAAGACAUCAGAAAAAUGUAAAUAUCGCACUCUGCGUGAUUACAGUUCCCAAAAUUAA